UAUGUAUUCACUCAAAAAGAGUUGAAUAUGAGACAAAGGAGAUGGAUGGAGUUGAUCAAGGACUAUGACUUGAUCAUCGACUAUCAUCCCGGAAAGGCCAACGUAGUGGCCGACGCACUGAGCAGGAAGAAUACGUCAGGGACGUUACUUACUUGUCUGCAGGCAUUGAGGGCACGCGUGGAGGUGUCCACGUGCGGGACUCUCAUUGCUCAAUUUGAGGUUAGGCCCACCCUAUUGGGCGAGAUUAGUCGAAGUCAGGCCAUGGAUGAGGAAUGUCAGAAGAUCCGUGAAAGGAUCCUUGCGGGGCCCGUUGAGAAUUUCCGGGUACGUGAUGACGGUCUGUUAUUGUUUAAGGAUCGUGUGUACAUACCAAGGAAUGAGGAACUCAAGAAAUCUAUACUUGAGGAGGCUCAUUCUUCAGCUUAUGCUAUGCAUCCAGGAGGUACUAAGAUGUACCGAGAUUUGAAGGAAAGUUACUGGUGGUCAGGUAUGAAGAGAGACAUUGCUGAGUAUGUGAGUCGGUGCCUUACUUGCCAGCAAGUUAAGGCAGAGCAUCAGCACCCGGCAGGGCUUUUGCAGCCACUCACCAUCCCAGAGUGGAAGUGGGAGCACGUGACCAUGGACUUCGUGGUGGGGCUACCACGAACAGUGAACAACUAUGAUGCAGUUUGGGUAGUGGUUGAUAGGCUCACCAAGAGUGCACACUUUUUGCCUAUCAACAUUACUUAUCCUCUUGAAAGAUUGGCCAAGCUUUACACGGAGGAGAUUGUGAGACUACAUGGAGUCCCGAUAUCCAUUGUUUCGGAUAGGGAUCCACGAUUCACAUCCCGAUUUUGGCCAAAGUUUCAAGCAUCGCUGGGUACUAAACUGAAGUUUAGCACAGCUUUUCACCCACAGACGGAUGGACAGUCCGAGCGGGUGAUACAGAUUUUGGAAGACAUGCUUAGGGCAUGUGCUUUGGAGUUCCAAGGAAGUUGGGACAAGCAUUUGGCCCUAGUGGAGUUUGCUUAUAACAACAGUUAUCAAGCAAGUAUCGGCAUGCCUCCAUAUGAGGCAUUGUAUGGGAGGAAAUGUAGAACACCGUUGUGUUGGGACGAGGUUGGCGAGGCCAAACUCGAAGGGAUAGAGCUGGUUGAGAUUACCAAGGCCAAGGUAAGGAUCAUUCGGGAUAGAUUGAAGGCUGCUCAGGACCGACAGAAGAGUUAUGCUGAUAAACGGCGGAGACCGUUGGAGUUCGAAGUCGGUGAUGAGGUCUUCCUAAGGAUUUCUCCUUGGAAGGGCAUCAUUCGAUUCGUAUCGAGGGGAAAGCUUAACCCCCGAUACAUCGGUCCAUUUGAAAUCCUUGAAAGGAUAGGGGCCGUGGCUUACCGUCUCAAGUUGACGCCUGAACUUGAGAAGAUACAUGACGUGUUUCAUGUAUCAAUGCUCAAGAAGUACAUACGAGACCCAUCUCAUAUUCUUGAGAAACCACCGGUGGAGAUCCGUGAGGACUUGCAAUAUGCGGUGGAACCAGUGAAGAUUGUUGGUCAACAAGUGAAGAAACUUAGGAACAAGGAGAUUCCUAUGGUGAAGGUUCUUUGGAGGAGUGAUCGAGUCGAAGAGGAAACUUGGGAGACCGAGGUCUCAAUGAGGGAGCAAUACCCAUUUCUCUUCGAUUAGAUACUUGGAUUUCGGGGACGAAAUCCCAAAUAAGGGGGGGUGAACUUGUAACACCGUCCCCAAAUAUAUUUACUUUUAUGUAAAUAAUGUAUUGAACCUUAUUAAAGGAUUAAUGAAUUUACGAAGUUGUAAAUUUUUAUUAUUUCUUUCGCGUGAAUAGUAAAUUGCACGUGGGACCCACACCGGGAGCGGGGGCCGCCCGACACUCCCGAGACCAUAUAUUUUAUUCAUCUUGGUCAAGAUAAUGUUUAUAUAGUGGUGGAUAUUUUAUUUGGGUCGUGGAAAGGCGCAGAGUUGACCGAUUGGGAAAAAGAGGCCCAAUUACCGGUACCGACAAUUUAACAGAUAACAGCCCGGAAAUGAAUUUCGGAGGCUUAUAAAUUAAAGUUGGGGAAUGUAUAUUCAUUAUACAUGUCAUAAUGAGUAAGAGCACAUAAUAUAUUUUAUUUGACCCGAUAAAAUAAAAUAUAUUUAAAACAGUCCGAAAAAUACAACUUUCGGGACAAAUUGUACAAUCCGGGACAAAAAGGGUUGACCUCCCACAUGAGUGGGGGCCAACCCACGAUUUUUGCCACUCAAAUUGAAGGCUUGGUCGGCUGUUUGAAGAGGAGAACAUGGGAGGGGGAGGUUGAUGUGAUCAAUUAAGCAUCAAACAAAAAAUGAGGUGGCCCCCAUCCACACUCAUUUGCUCAAUGAGACAAAGGGGUAAGCCUCACCCCUCUCUCCCCCCAUUUUCGGCCAAGCUGCAGCAAGAAGAGAAAGAAAACUCUUCUUCUUCCUUCCACCAUUGUCGAAGAGAGCACAUCAAGGAAGAAUCACCCAAGAAAAGGCUAAAGUGCUAAAAGGUGUGAAAUAAUUAAGGAACUUGUGGAAGGUAUUUCAAGUGAUUUCACAAAGUUGGAAAAGUCGCCGGAGUUGUCGCCGGAGUUGACCGAAAGUCGCCGGAGUUUCACCGGAGUUCAACCAAGAGGGGUAGAACUUCAUAACGCUAGUUCAAGGUUGAAGCUAGGGCUUGCUACCUGCACCUUUCUACGGGUGACAUCAAGUCAAGGAAGACGUGGUUCGUGCUUCCUCAUUUCUUUUCAAAUUACUAAACAUUGCUCAUGGAUAUUUUCAUUUGUUAUAAACUACUUUUGGGGCUUGCAUGCCCAUGUUGUUGGCCGGUUGUGGCCUAUGACUUACCGUUGAAUAUUUCCGCUAUUCAUUGGUUUAAA